GCAAAAUUACCCCGGAUCAUAACAACAGGUCCCGUCCAUUACUUUUUUCCCCCUCGGGACAAUGGCCGCAGCUCGCUCUAUUCACACUGACUGCACACACGGAUCCCACCGAGCAGAGCACGGAGCCAACACUGCGGUGCGCGCGGAGGAGCGACCGGCUGGAUGUGUAAAUAUGGGGUUUUAUCAAAGCGCGUAUUAAUACUUUUUACUCCGGACUAUCAUACUCCCACGUGGAGUUUUCCUUUCGAUAAGUGGACAAGUUUCUCUCCGCUGACGCCGAUCUUUUUACGUGCGUAAAGCUGUGCGUAAUUUGUGCGUAAACUUGUCCCUCAUACGUUGCAGGGGGAAAAUGAAGAUAUCACUGCAUUAUUUAUGAUCCUUAAAACAUUUUGUAGCCUACUAACAAUAUGCAUACUCUAGCGAGGCAGGCUGUUUUGUAAUUGCAGAAUCAAAGAGGGGAAAUGGCUCUUUCAUAGCCGAGCAGCCUUUGUCUGCUCCGACAAAAGAGAGACGACUGUAUAUCUGGAUCAACUUUUUAGGACUUUUAUUGUACAAUAACCUUUGCAUAACAACUAUUUUUCUAAAGCGUUGCCGGAGGCACUGCGCAUGCGCGCUGGCUGCUUGCUGUCACUAAGACAUUUUUCUUCACGUUGGAAACUGUCACUGCUGACGUCAAUCACCAAGCUCUGACCAAUUAGAGCGCGGGGUGAUUGUUUAGCUCCACGGGCUGCAGCGCCUACCAUGAAUCUCUAUUCAGUAUCAAAGCGUCCUGCUGCUGCCUCUCAACCGAAUGGGAUUCCAUGUAGUCUGCAGAUAGACUUAACUUUAUAAAGUCUUUUUUCUUUAUUUUUUUUCACUACGAUUAAAAUAUAUUUGUCAUCAUCAUUAUUAUUUUGCCUGCUGUCAAGUUAUUCUAAAAUUAGGAAGUAAUGAGCGUGGAUGCACUGGGAAGCCCCGUGAUGGACCCUACGUUUUCCAAACGGAACACGGCGCUGAGAUUAGUUGACUUGGCAGGGGCUCACCACCAUCACCAUCAUCACCACCAUACCCCUCAGAGCGUGACAGGCUUCCCGGGGUUCAGCAGCUAUCCACACUCAAUGGCUCACUCGCACCCUGGGGAGAUUACUGCGGAACCCCGCCUGGGGCCGAGUCCAUUCGGGCCAGAACACAUGGGGCACUCCGCGGCCCUCAAAAUCAGCCCAGCCCAUCAUUAUCCCCACCACCAUCUCCACCACCACAAUCAUCAUAUGGCAGGCCACAGUGAAGUGGUCUCCAGUCAAACGGGAGCUUUUGGCCCGGUUCAGGCGACAUCGGUGCCCUAUCCUAUGUCUCACCACCCGGCCCAGGCUCUAUCCGCAGGCAGGGACUUCCUCAUCCGGAGAGAUCUGACAGCUCAAGCCAUGCCCGUGCUGACCGACCAGUCUGCCGGUUCAGCCUCUCACCACGGAAUGUUUGUCUCAACAACAGGUAGCUAUCCCGGACACUAUGGUCACCACCCUGACGCUGGGAACCUCUUCUCCGGACUCCAUCACGACCAGUCUUCUAGCGGAUCCCCGGGUGGCCAAGCGUUGAAUGGACAAAUAAGGUUAGGACUACCUGGAGAAAUGUACGUUAGAUCUGAUCACUUGAGUCAAGUGACAAGCUCCAGGGCUGAUCCGUUCUCCGCCUCGCCGAUGCAUGGCUACGGUGGUCUGAAUCUGAACAUGAAUCUGAGCGCGCACCACCACCACCACCACGGAGCCGGAGCCUUCUUCCGUUACAUGAGGCAGCCGAUCAAGCAGGAGCUCAUCUGCAAGUGGCUGGAGCCGGAGAUCUCGCCGAAGAAACUUUGCUCCCAAACUUACAGCACCAUGCACGAGCUGGUAACGCACGUGACGAUGGAGCACGUCGGAGGACCGGAGCAGGCGAACCAUAUCUGUUUUUGGGAAGAGUGUCCGAGGGAAGGCAAGCCUUUUAAAGCCAAGUACAAACUUGUAAAUCACAUCCGAGUGCACACCGGGGAGAAACCGUUUCCAUGCCCCUUCCCUGGCUGUGGGAAAGUGUUUGCCAGAUCGGAGAACCUUAAAAUCCACAAAAGGACGCACACAGGUGAGAAGCCCUUCAAGUGUGAGUUUGAGGGCUGCGACCGACGCUUCGCGAACAGCAGUGACCGGAAGAAGCACUCGCACGUGCACACCAGCGAUAAGCCUUACAACUGCAAAGUGCGAGGCUGCGAUAAAUCCUACACACACCCCAGCUCCCUGCGGAAACACAUGAAGGUGCACUGCAAGUCCCCCCCGCCCAGCUCCGGGUACGAGUCCUCCACGCCGUCCCUGGUGUCCCCCUCCUCGGACAUGGGCCGGGAGCCAGGAGCCUCCUCGGAGCCGGUGGGAGCCUCCCAGCCGGCCAAUUUAAGCGAAUGGUACGUGUGCCACAGUUCAGGUGCAAGUGGUGCCCAAACACCCCCCAGUGGAGCCUCCACACCGGACCCCUCAGAGCCACUUUACAGGAACCAAGAGCCGAGGGACGCGUUUUAAUCUGGAUUUGAACGCAUCAUUGAAGCGUUUUAAUCUGGACUUGAACGCAUCAUUGACAUUUUUAAAAGCCUCACUGUUCAAAACGGUUUGGCUCCGGUGCCUAUACGCCUCUUGGAAGAACCCCCUAACAUUUGGAAGGUGCAGACCCUAAAGACGUGCUAAUUUUCAGGCACUCUAAAAAUAUAUAUUUUGAAACUCAGCUGUUUAAAAGCUUGGCUCGGUGCCUGACGGUCCACUUGUGGAGAGUCGUGUAAAUCCCGUUAGACUGUUCAUGUGGUAUUUUUAUUAGGCUAUAGGCAUGUUGGUGUACAAUUAUUUUGUAAAUUCAAUAUGUUUUUAUUUAUUUUUCAAUCUGAUAUUGAAGGGAAUUUUUGUAUUAUCGAACCAAAGUGCAUGUUUCAAUUAGGAUGAAAAAAAUGUAUAUUUGUAAAUUUUGUAAGUUUCGAUGUGUUGGUGUUUGCAGUUAUUUGUACAAAAUGUUGUUAUGUUUAUUUCCCCCAUGUGUGCAGAAGGGUCAACAAUUUGAACUGUUUCAUACGCCUGCAGUAUUUGAUAUACGACCGUGAAUUAUAAAUGUUUUAUCAAAGUGGGCAUUUUGUGAUUUUGUAUCAUUGUCGUCAAUAUAUAUAUAUUUUUCUUUUUUUUUGAAUAUCUGAAAACGAACGGCACUCAAACGCGUACCGAACUGCCUUGUAAUUUGUGAGUAUUUUGAAUAAAUCUUGUAUGACUAAAGUGAAA